GCGGCUGAUUGGCUGGAAAAGGAGAAUGGAAUGAUCCAAGGCGAGUGGGAGGAUCGGCAGUUGCGCAGAACAGCCGUCCGGAUCGGAGGGCAGAAAGUGGGACCGGACUGACCCUGGUGGGCCUGAUGCCUUGAGAGAUGGGGCUGAGGCUGGGCCCGGGCCCGCUGCUCUCGUCCUUCGCCUUCUUCUUCUUCCUCGGGGGUCUGCCUUUGCUCUGUCCCUCGACCCAGGAGGAGAUCCCGGUGAUGAAGAACGUGGACGUCAAGAAGCUUGCGGGGAAAUGGUACCCCAUCGUCUCGUCCAAGAGCGAAUCCAUGCCGAGGCCGUUCUAUGCGUUUACCCUUGAAAUUCAGCAAGACGGAGGGGCCCUCCUCAAAAUGGAAAUCCCCAAAAUGGGAUCCUGCCGGAUCAAAAAGUUCCCGCUGGCGACCACCAGCCCCGGUGUCUUCACCAUGGAGGACAAGUCCAUCAUCGAGGUCCUGGACACCGACUACGACUCCUACCUGAUCAGCAAGUUCCUGAGUGGCACCACCAUGUUCCUCUGCCUCUACGCCCGGGAGAAGGAGGUGCAGCCAAAGAUGCUGAAGAUGUUCACAGGCCUCGUGGAGAAGAUGAACCUCAACCCGGAGAGGCUCUUCUUCCGGCACGAAAUCGAUAUCUGCUACGUUAAGAAGAGAGAGGAGGAGAGCAAGUAAAAGGCACCGCAGAUCCGGGAUCCACCGUCCUUCCCUUCCCGUUUUUUUGUCCUCGUCUGUUUAUUUAUUGAAAUUAUUAAUUUCAAUAAAGGCCCCGCUUUGCAAAGA